AAGACAUUGAGUAUUGUGCAACUUUUCAACUCUCGCGUUACAAGGCGUCUGAAAAUUUUGAACUUAGUUAUCACCUAGCUACCAUUAAUCCGAUCCUUGGGGGACUCUCAUGAAGAAUGGACCAAAGGAUAUUAAAACUAGAAGAGCACGUUAAUGAGACUUUGAAAACGGACCUCAAAAAAACUUUAGAUGCUGGAGACUUAGUGUAUGGUCAAAUUUCGGAAUAUUUGGAACUAAAAAAUCUUAUUGAAAAAAUGAAGGAUAUCGAUGUCCCUCAAAAUAACUUAAAAACCAAAGUAAAUGUCGGAAGCAAUAUUUAUGUAAAUGGAUUGAUUUAUUCUGUUGAACCUAUUGCAGUUGACAUUGGCCUAGGAUUUUACCUUGAGUGCAGUCAUGCUGAAGCCUUAAAUAUCAUUGAUUCGCGCAUCUCUAUCCUGAACGGGCGUGCCGAUAUGUACAAGAAAAGAGCUAAUUCUAUAAAAGCUCAGAUAAAGUUGUUUCUAGAAGGUCUCCGAAAUCUCCAAAAUAUCAAACGAGACUGCUAAACAGUAAGAUUUUUCUGUAAAUAUAUGUAUUGUACAUUUACUUAGAAGAAAGAUGCUUCAAAACAGUUUUAUGCUAAAAUUUAUUUUACCAAUAAACUGAAUGCCUUUCGUUUUGCAUGUAACUCGAAUUCGAAUCCUAAAUUUUAGCAGACAAUUGUGAACCCUUGAAUGAUGUUUCUGUUAUGUUAUAUGUAAACGCCAAUAUAUUCAUGAGUGCUUCAUAUAACAGUAAAUUGAAAUAUAAGUCACACCUUUUGUCAUA